GUAGGUGGCGGUAAUGAACCAAUCUAUGUUGACCAACCGCCAUAAAAAAUCGAAGAAGAAGAAGAAGGGAAGCGCCUGGGAAAUUUAAAAUUGUGAUAAAAGGCAUUUCGGCAGUUUAGAAUUGAUAUCUCAAAAUAUGUUGGGGAAAGCGCGAAGGAAAGACCUGAAAUCUCUUAUGAAAAAGAAACCUCAUUUUAGAAUCGGCACAAAUGCAGAUUUAAUGGUACAGCUGAAUGUGCUGAUGUUUCUGCAUCGUCUUGCAGAGGAAUCAAGGGCCAAAGCCUUCGAAAAUAAGAGCGCCACCAUCAAAUCGCAGCACAUCAAGGCUGUUUCCAAGAAAUUGCUAAAAGGGGCCAGAGGAUGAAGUGGAAGAGAUUGGGAAGACCCCUGUCAUUUAUUUUAUAACAUUUUUUGUCUUUCUCUUGAAUGGGUUUGUAUUCAUACACAAUAAAGAGAAAUGGCAUGUAA